CGGGCGAGGCACUUCCGCAACUAGGGGCACCUCUGCUUCCUGUGCCUUCGGCAGGGCGGAAGUGGGCGGAGCGGAGAGGGUAACCGGUGCUCCUUUCCGGUGUCCGGGCACAGUUGAAGAGGCGACCCAGGAACUGAGAGUCGUUCUUGAGGUGAGCAGAGGCUUGCCCUGUCUCCCAGGCUGGAGUACAGUGGCAUGAUCUCAGCUCACUGCAACCUCCGCCUCCUGGGCUCAAGCAAUUCUCGGUGCCUCAGCCUCCCUGGUAGCUGGGAUUACAGGCAGGUGCCACCACACCCAGGAUGACACGGCACGGCAAGAACUGUACCGCGGGGGCUGUCUACACCUACCACGAGAAGAAGAAGGACACAGCGGCCUCAGGCUAUGGGACCCAGAACAUUCGACUGAGCCGAGAUGCUGUGAAGGACUUUGACUGCUGCUGCCUCUCCCUGCAGCCCUGCCACGAUCCUGUUGUCACCCCAGAUGGCUACCUGUAUGAGCGUGAAGCCAUCCUGGAGUACAUUCUGCAUCAGAAGAAGGAGAUCGCCCGGCAGAUGAAGGCCUAUGAGAAGCAGCGGGGCGCCCGGCGGGAGGAGCAGAAGGAGCUUCAGCGGUCGGCCUCUCAGGAUCACGUGCGGGGCUUCCUGGAGAAGGAAUCGGCCAUCGUGAGCCGGCCCCUCAAUCCUUUCACAGCCAAAGCUCUCUCGGCCACCAGCCCAGAUGAUGCCCAACCGGGGCCCAGCGUGGGUCCCCCAAGUAAGGACAAGGACAGAGUGCUGCCCAGCUUCUGGAUCCCGUCGCUGACGCCCGAAGCCAAGGCCACCAAGCUGGAGAAGCCGUCCCGUACGGUGACCUGCCCCAUGUCGGGGAAGCCCCUGCGCAUGUCUGACCUGACGCCCGUGCACUUCACGCCGCUCGACAGCUCGGUGGACCGCGUGGGGCUCAUCACACGCAGCGAGCGCUACGUGUGCGCUGUGACCCGCGACAGCCUGAGCAACGCCACCCCCUGCGCUGUGCUGCGGCCCUCUGGGGCUGUUGUCACCCUUGAAUGCGUGGAGAAGCUAAUUCGGAAGGACAUGGUGGACCCUGUGAGUGGAGACAAACUCACCGACCGCGACAUCAUCGUGCUGCAGCGGGGCGGUACAGGCUUCGCGGGCUCCGGAGUGAAGCUGCAAGCGGAGAAAUCCCGGCCGGUGAUGCAGGCCUGAGUGCGCACGGGAGACCAAAUAAACCAGCUUGGGUGCGCAGAAACGUGGCGCCUUCAUUCGCGGCAUGGGCGCCCCGGGGACAGGGCAGGCGAGGAAGCCGGGCGGCGCAGGCUGCGCCCCAAACAGCACACGCUGGAGUUUGAAGAGGGGGCUAAGCAUAUUGAACGUGGUCCCUUUUUUUAAAAAAUAUUUUUUUGAGAUCGAGUUUCGCUGUUGUUACCCAGCCUGGAGUGCAAUGGCGCGAUCUCGGCUCACCGCAACCUCCGCCUUCUGGGUUCAAGCAAUUCUCCUGCCUCAGCCUCCUGAGUAGCUGGAAUUACAGGUAUGCGCCACCAUGCCCAGCUAAUUUUUUGUAUUUUUAGUAGAGAGGGUUACACCAUGUUGACCAGGAUGGUCUCGAUCUGUUGACCAGGAUGGUCUCGAUCUCUUGACCUCGUGAUCCACCCGCCUCGGCCUCCCAAAGUGCUGGGAUUACAGGCGUGAGCCACCGUGCCGGGCCAAUUUUUUUUUUUUUUUUUAAAGACGGGGUUUCACCAUGUUGGUCAGGCUGGUCUUGAACUCCUGACCUCAGGUAAUCCGCCCGCCUUAGCCUCCAAAGUGCUUGGAUUACAGGCAUGGGCCACGGCGCCGGGCCUUGAACGUGGUCUCACGUCAAGAGCAAAAUCUAGCCGGGCGCGGUGGUUCUCGCCUAUAAUCCCAGCACUUUGAGAGGCCGAGGCUGGUAGAUCACUUGAGGUCAGGAGUUCGACACUAACCUGGCUAGCAUGCUGAAACCGUCUCUACUAAAAAUACAAAAAUUAGCUGGGUGUGGUGGUGCAUGUCUGUAAUCCCAGCUACUCGGGAGGCUGAGGCAGGAGAAUCUCUUGAAUCUGCACUCCAGCCUGCUUAAUGAGAGAGACUGUCUCAAUCAAUCAAUUAAUCAGUCAAUCCCUAGAGUCCUUUGUUAGGGCUCCUGGAGUUAUGCCAAGUUUGAAGUACAGGAAAUGCCCAGGAACGUGUCUUCCGGGCUGCCAUGUGAUUCGACCCACAGAGGAAAUGAAGUUUUGUGAGAAAGCGCACAGCACCCUGACUGGGAAAGGUGGUCAGGAGCGCCGCCCUGCACCUGUGGCUGCUUGAAGGCGAAAGGAAGAGGAAACCGCAAGUGCAAAGGGCCAGAGGCAGCAACGCACUUUGCAGAUUUAAGGAGCAGAGGACGCGCAGGGGAGAGCGGGGGAGACAGGGCAGAGUGGAGACCAGGAACCGGCGCCAGCUGGUGGCGUCAGACUUCACUGGGAAUGUAAGGGCUGCCCUUACGGCUUCGUUUUUAAUGACCAUCGAGUCACAAAAGCAGCAGCUGGACAGUGUGAAAAACAGCACAGAGACAGCAAACAUGAAAGCAAUAAAGAGCGUGCCUGCCUCGCUGAGUGAUGCCA